UCUACAUGUCCAACCCUUCAGAAGUCCCAAGAGCCCAAAACCAAAAGGAAGAAAAUGAGGAAUAUGGAAAAGAAAUUUAAAAUCAACCAACUGAGCUGCUAAUAACUUGUUUUGGAUUGUUGUUAUAUAUUGUAUUGUUGUUAUAUGUAAAUUUUCGAAUGAUUAAAUAUUCAUAUUGGUUGGUAGCAGCCAUAUUCCGCGGACAACAUUAUCGGGCGUUCAAAGGGAGAGAGGAGACAGACUUGUAUAGCUUUGCUCUCGGGCCCCAUAAUCGUCCGCCAUUAACAAGCUAAGAAGGACCAGACAUGUCUCGAAUUAUAGGUCGAACAAUGGCUAGCAGAAGGAUUUCUGAUUUGAACAAGUUCUUGGUGGGAAGCAGAGUGUUUGCAUCUAGAACUUACUCUUCCGCAGUUAAAGAGAUGACAGUGCGUGACGCAUUAAAUUCAGCUCUAGAUGAAGAAAUGUCUGCGGAUCCUAAGGUCUUCGUUAUGGGGGAAGAGGUUGGUGAGUACCAGGGAGCCUAUAAGAUUACAAAGGGGCUUCUAGAUAAAUAUGGUCCCCAAAGAGUUCUCGAUACACCAAUUACUGAGGCUGGAUUUACUGGAAUUGGAGUUGGUGCAGCUUACUAUGGUCUAAAGCCCAUAAUCGAAUUCAUGACAUUCAACUUUUCCAUGCAGGCAAUUGACCAUAUUAUCAAUUCUGCUGCAAAAUCAAACUACAUGUCUGCUGGUCAGAUAUCUGUGCCCAUUGUUUUCAGGGGUCCUAAUGGUGCUGCAGCUGGUGUUGGUGCCCAACACUCUCAGUGCUAUGCGGCAUGGUAUGGUGCAUGUCCAGGAUUAAAGGUACUAGCUCCAUACUCUUCCGAAGAUGCUCGCGGCUUGCUCAAAGCUGCUAUCAGGGAUCCCGAUCCUGUUGUGUUUCUGGAAAAUGAAUUGCUAUAUGGUGAGUCUUUCCCUGUUUCAGCUGAAGCUCUUGAUUCUAGUUUCUCUCUCCCCAUCGGAAAAGCUAAGAUAGAACGCGAAGGGAAGGAUGUGACAAUCACUGCCUUCUCAAAGAUGGUUGGCUAUGCUCUCAAGGCUGCUGAAAUUCUUGCCAAGGAAGGAAUUAAUGCUGAGGUUAUAAAUCUGCGCUCGAUCCGACCACUUGAUAGACCUGCCAUUAAUGCAUCUGUGAGGAAAACCAACAGACUUGUAACUGUUGAAGAAGGAUUCCCGCAACAUGGUGUUGGCGCUGAGAUCUGUGCAUCUGUGGUUGAGGAGAGCUUCGAGUAUCUUGAUGCACCAGUUGAGAGGAUAACAGGUGCUGAUGUUCCUAUGCCAUAUGCAGCAAAUCUUGAAAGACUGGCUGUUCCACAGAUUGAAGACAUCGUUCGUGCAGUCAAGAGGGUUUGUUACCGAUCAACUAACUAAAUCAGUUCCAAUGGCUGCAGUUGCUUAGGCUUGAUCCAACAAGGUCUUGCUUGUUCCAAAGCAUUUAACUUCUUUUUGUGGAUAUCAAUUCUUUAUCUGCCUGUGAGCGUAUGCUUCUUGCCAUCUCCUGGAAAGUUUAAUUGACUGUAAAACCAGCUAAACUGGUAAACUAAUUCAGCGAAUGAAAUCUGCUGCCCGAAUUUUCAGCUACACGAGGAAAUAGUUCUUGUAGAAAAUAAAAUUUACAGCUUCUUUCCUUUUUUGGGUGAACGUUUAGAAAAAUGUUUUUAUAAGAGAAUACAUGUGUUCUGGGAAAUAUCAAAUUGCAGUGCCAAUG